AACUAAGCUGCCCAGUCGAGCAAAUGGUGCACUACCUUUAAAUAAUAAAUUACCGUAAAGCAUUAUCGCAUCUUUGUAUCAUUAAGAUCUGCGCUGUGUUGCACCGUACGUGAGAUUGUUCUCGGCCAAUGUUUUCGGAACGGCAUGAAGACUUGUCUGCGGAGCAGACAAGGCGGGGCGUGUCGAUUACAAGGUCGCUGAGCUCAGGGAGUCGACCCGCCAAGACGUCGCGGCCCUACAGUACUUGCUGAGGCUCCUGGCUUCAGUGUAGGUAAAGUUUCUUUACCAAUCAGCUGUUUCACAAACAUGCUGUAUCAGGGUAGGUUUCAACAUAUGGUAUCACAUGUUCAAUAUUUUUCUCAUUUCAUUUCAAGUAAAAUUUUCUUGAUUUUACAAUUUUAUAACUUCUGUUAGGCGAAGUUGCUUGUGGACACUUGAUUGCCGGAGUAUCUUCACUUCUCGCGACAAAGGGUUCAGAUCCUGAGUUUUACAGAUCCACAUUCUUCGCUACUCUUCGCAUUAUUCGAAGAAUACUAUUCAAGCGAUUACAACAGUUCUGCGAGUGAAUAGUGCUGUGACGAUGUAAUUUUCUUGUAGAGUGGCACACAGUGGCAAAGAGUGCAUACUUUUCUAAUCUGCAUUCUGGGGAGAAUGCAAUCCUAACGAUUCAUUCUUUUAAGUAUAUCUAGAGUCAUCCCAGAAAUGGUAAUAAGAUAGUGAAUUUUAAAAAAUCUUAGUGAUUUCUCCUUAAGUGAAAGUGCGCCGACCUUAGAUUAACCAGCAACAUCAAUAAAUCAAGAUAACACACAGCACAUCGGGCGAGUGACAGUCUCAGUCGGCCGCCGGCAGACGAAAAGCACGGCUGCCCGCGAUGUCUCUCCGUACUUCGACGCUGUUGGUCGCGGCCCUGGCCUUCCUUCAGCUGGGCAGCUGUGCGCGCAUCCUCGGCGUGUUCCCUGUCACGUCGGUGAGUCACCAGGUGGUGUACCUCGCCCUCAUGAGGGAGCUGGCGCGCCGGGGUCACCAGGUCACCGUCAUCACCACCGACCCCUUGAACGACCCGUCGCUCGGGAACUACUCCGAGAUAGACGUGUCCUUCAUGUACGAGGACUACCGCCGGAGGUUCAACUUCGCGGGCCGGAGGAUGGACGACAGGUCCCCCUACGACCUGGCGGAGUCUCUGCUGGUCUACGGGGCCCGCUGGUGCGAGAUGCUGCUGGAGCACGAGCCCGUCCAGAGGCUGAUCUCCCCGGAGAACACGAGGGCCCGCUUCGACCUGGUCUUCCUCGAGUGGCUCAACACCCCGGCCACGUACGGCUUCGCGCACAGGUUCUCCGCGCCCAUGAUCGGCGUCGCUUCCCUCCCGCCGUUCGCGUUCUGCCACGACUCGGUCGGCAACCCCACGAACCCGUCCUACAUCCCCGAGGCGUUCCUGCCCUACUCGGACAGGAUGACCUUCUUCCAGCGCCUGGACACGCUCGUGUACUCCUUGAGGACCCGCUGGUUCUUCUACGGCGCGGUGGUCCCCCGGCACCAGGCGAUAGCGGAGCGCCACUUCGGGCCGUCCAUGCCGAGCGUGCUCGACCUGCACUACAAUGUCAGCAUGCUGUUCGUGAACUUCGAGCCCAGCUUCCACCCGCCCAGGCCCGAGGUCCCGGCCGUCGUGCAUCUCUCGGGGCUGCACAUCAACCCCCCGAAGCCCCUGCCGCAGGAGCUGCAGCAGUUCCUCGACUCGGCGCCCGAAGGAGCCAUCUACUUCAGCCUGGGCAGCAACGUGCGGAGCGACCGACUGGACGCCGGGAAGCGCCAGAUGUUCCUGGACGCCUUCAGAGCGCUCGCGGGCUGCCGCGUGCUGUGGAAGUGGGAGGCGGACAGCCUGCCGGGUCGGCCGGCCAACGUGAUGGUGCGCAAGUGGCUGCCGCAGCAGGACGUGCUGCGCCAUCCCAACGUGAAGCUGUUCAUCAUGCAAGGAGGACUUCAGAGCUUGGAGGAGGCCGUACACUCAGGAGUUCCCCUCAUAGCUAUCCCCUUCUUCUCGGACCAGGACUACAACACCAAGAGGAUAGUGGAGAAGGGGAUAGGCUUGAAACUGGACAUCACCGAAGUCAGCAAAGAGAAGAUACUGCACGUUUUGACGACUGUCUUGGGGAACAGCAGUUUCCGCGAGAACGCGAGGCGCCUGUCCGCGGUGAUGGCGGACCAGCAGAUGGCGCCCCUGGAGCGCGCGGUCUGGUGGACGGAGUACGUGCUGCGGCACAGAGGCGCGGCCCACCUGCGCAGCGCUGCGGUCGGCAUGCCGUGGUACCAGUACCUGCUCCUUGACGUGGCGGGCUUCCUGCUCGCGUGCGCCCUGCUGGCCGCCCUGCUGCUGUGGAGGACAUGCGGCCGGGUGCUGCGCCGACCGUAGCCCUUCCACCUCCGACACCAUCCAAUACGCUCUGCAGGGUUAGCGCGACAAGUUGGUCGACUUGAGUCACCAUCAAAUAGUUUGCAUGUAGGAUGGGCUGUAAAGUGUGUUGGAUGUUGGGUGCGACCGGCUAAUCACAAUCGUGCCUAGUGAAAACGGAAAUUACAUCCGUUUCCGUCACAACGAAUUUUUUUUAAAAUGACUAAUGAAUAGGCGAUUAAAGAGUUUAUAAAAUAACUAAAAUAUUGUUAAUAUGAAUUUCUUUGGAGAAAUAAUUUUAUUUGUGAAAAAGAAAUAAUCUUUAUAUAACUUUGAAAGAUCACUGCACAUUUAUUGUGUUAUGUUAUGAAUAUUAUUUAUUUAACAUUUUUAAUGCAAAAAAAAUCAUAAUACUUACGUAUAGAUAUUCGGUCCAGCACUGUCACACAUAAGUUAAUUUUAAAAUGAGAUUAAAAUUGAAAGUUUGAGAUAUCUCAGGUCACAAAUAAACUUUGAUAGUAUGACAUGAUUUGAAACGUAUGUGAUGUUAUUUUUCCAAAUUUAUUUGAUGGAGAAAAAUGGAACCCAUUUUUCGUACAAUACUCUACCGUCAAAUAUAGUUGGAGACAAAUAUUGACAAGGUCACAGAGUCUUAAGGAAGAGUUCUGUGAUGCAAGCGAAACAAUUCUUCAUCGCAGGUUUUUCGUGCCCAAGAACACAAAAUAAUGUAUGUCCAUUAAAUAAUUUCCCAGUUAUAAAUUUCCCAUUGUAUCAAAUUUAAGGGUUGUAGAGUGAUUCUUCAAGGUCACAAUUAAAGAGUAACUCACUUUUAGAUGAGUGCAUGCGCGAGUACUGCAUUGUUGUUUUCUCGCUAGCAGCAUCACCUACGGAAACUGGCGACCCCUGAGCGUAAAUUGUUUUUUUUUCUUCUGUAAUUUACUAAGAGUGAAUCUGUGAUUUCAACCCUCCCCAAUGGAAUCUAUUUUUACGAGAGUGGUUGAACGUUAAAAUCCCUUACAGUUGGAUUGCUCGUAAUGGACGACACGAUAGAGCUUUUUUUCCGCUAGCUUCCACGAUUACCUGACAUAACUUUUUUCGAUAUUUUUCCUUUGGGAUUUUAUAAAAGAUAGUUUGUACGUUAUGCUGCUACAUAAUGAUAUUCCAGAGUUGUGACACAUAAUUGAAGAGUCUAUUGCUUCUAUUUCUCCGGACAUUUUAACCAAAGUGGGGGGAAAAUGGGAAUUUAGGUAGGAUGCGUGCCGUACAACUAAAGGUGCACAUAUUAAACAUUUAUAAGAAAAUUUAAGUUAGAAUACCUUUAAUUUGUUGUAUAAUUUGUUGUAAAUUCUGUAAAUUAAACUGUUAUAACAUACCAUAUAAA